AUGAGCAACAAGAUCCUACUUAUGACUGAUGUCGAAGAGAAGCCAUAUUGUAUCUGGCAUCCACAUUUAGCGACUGUUGAUACAUAUCAUUUGCUCCCAGAUAUUUCCAUUGUGGAAGAAGCAUGGCAUAAUUUAGAUGUUGCUGGUUCGAAAGAAACUUUUGACUUCAUUGCUUGCCAGCCGAAGCGUUACGCCAUCUUGGACGAUUAUACGCGCUCCUUGAAUCUACAGGCGCCAAGGAUAGUAAUAGGCCUGAAUGAAUGGGAGGAGGCGAGAUCGCAUUACUUGAAUAUUACGGAAGAUCAUGGUGUUAGCGAGACCUCUUCAGCUCAGGCCCACGGCCAUCCUCUGGCCCCUGAGCACGUAUCUUUGUUGUAUAGUCCUCUUCCAAUUCACCUCCCAACCACGAACAAAGAUGCAUUAAUACUUCAUGCUGCUUACGAGGGUAAUAUUGAUCGAUAUGCGCGUCUCCGACGUCCUGUCAUGAUGAAGGGAGAGACUGAGGCCAUAGUCCGUGGCACCUACCAUAAUACAUCUUUUGCGCGGUGGUGUCAUGGUCAGUUAGGGUCUGGAUUCGUCAAUAAGGGCGAUUGCUGGGACAUAAAAAGAGCCAUCUUAGCCCGCUUCAUCAUGGUCAACGACUUGUCCCGUGUUGCUUCUACUACAGAAACACUGGACAUGGACCAGUCGAUGCUAUUCAUGAUCUGGUGGCCACUGAUUCCCCAUGAGGCAACACUGCGUGAGUUAGCGCGCCGACGUCCCGAUAUGAGUCUGCAGGUUGCCAUGGCGUAUAUAGUUGCAGAUUAUCAUCGGUUGUGGAAAGAAAAUGGCGCCAACCUAAAUAAGAACUUUUAUGUUGAAGAUCUAGAGCGUCGAGCCGCUGAGAAAGGUAUAGACUUGCGAUGGCCCGCUUGGGACUGUUCCAGUUUGUACGAUUGUCUAACGCGUGACAAGGAGCCAACAACCAUCUACCUACAGCCACACAUCCAGAUUUGGGAAGAAGUUCCGAUAGAUUGUAACACUGGCAGUAUCCACCCUGGCAGGGCGCAGGCAAAUAUGGCGGAAUGGGAUUUAUGCAUUGCAGUGAGCGAUGAUCUUAGAGAACAGGCGAGAACGGAGAAUGUCAGUGAUAAUCUAAAUGAAAAUUGGGGGUGGCCUUAUUCAUGCUGGGAGGCACAAGUUUCUCAUAACUGGGUAUAG